GCUCCACCGCGUGUCCCACUCCCACCACCCCCGCUCUCCCGUCCGUCCGCGCGCUUCCCCCCAUGCGAGAUCACCGUCUCCUCCGCCUCCUCCUCGUUGGCUCGUCCUCUUCCCCCAUCCGCCUCUCUCUCUCUCUCUCUUUCUCUCUCUCUCCAGUCUCCUCCACUCUCCUCUCUUCGAGAGCCGCUCGCGACGCGAGCCUCUUGGAGCGCGCGCCCUAUAACUAGGCACCCGUGUCCCCGUCCCGGAUCUCCCCCCCACCCGUCGCUCCGCCCCGUCCCCAUUUUGGAUGGAUUCCAUUGGUAUAAAUCGCGCCCCGCUGGGUUCCUCCUCCUCCGCCGCCGCCGUGACAGCUCGUCGAGGCAUCGCGCUCCGCCCGGCUCGCCGCUCCGUCGCGAGUACGAACCGUGUGGGUGUGGCGACGAUCGGCUUCGGGGACGCGUCUGGGCUCAGAGCGUGUUCUGAGAAGGUUAGGCGAUUUGAUUCUGUACGAAGCACCACGGCGAGAGCUCAGAACGGGAACGCUGGGAGAAGCAUGACCGAGGAAAGAGGAUGUACAAUGUCUGAUACUGAAAUGCCAUUUAAAUAUUCCUCUGGUAAAGCCUUCCCAUUAGGAGUGUCUCAAGUUGAAGGCGGGCUGAACUUCGCACUUUUCUCUCAGCAUGCUUCUUCUGUCAUUCUCUGCUUAAAGCUUCCUGGGAGGGGAACUGAAGAUGAGAAAGGUGCAGAUGUUGUCGAGUUUGUUUUAGACCAGCAGAAGAACAAAACUGGGGAUAUAUGGCAUGUGAUAGUGGAGGGCUUGCCUGCUUCUGGUGUUCUUUAUGGGUAUCGUGUUGGUGGCCCUCAAGGAUGGGACCAAGGCCAUAGAUUUGAUAGCAGCACUGUUCUUCUGGACCCUUAUGCAAAAUUAGUUUCUGGUCGAAAGUACUUUGGGGUUGCUGAAGAGAAGUCAAGCCAGCAUUUUGGAACAUAUGAUUUUGAUAGCUCUCCUUUUGAUUGGGGUGAUGACUACAGGCUUCCGAAUUUGCCUGAGGCAGAUCUAGUCAUAUAUGAAAUGAACGUCCGUGCUUUCACCGCGGAUGAGUCAAGUGGCCUUGAUUCGACUUCUCGUGGAAGCUAUCUUGGUCUCAUUGAUAAAAUCCCUCAUUUGCUGGAACUUGGCGUUAAUGCAGUGGAACUACUUCCUGUUUUUGAGUAUGAUGAGCUGGAAUUCAAGAGGUACCCCAACCCAAGGGACCACAUGGUCAAUACAUGGGGCUAUUCUACGAUAAACUUUUUUGCACCCAUGAGCCGUUAUGCUAGUGCCGGUGGUGGACCAGUGGCUGCUUCCAAAGAGCUCAAGCAGAUGGUCAAAGAAUUGCAUAAAGCUGGCAUAGAGGUUAUUCUGGAUGUUGUUUACAACCAUACAAAUGAGGCGGAUGAUGCUCACCCGUAUAUGACUUCUUUCCGUGGCAUUGAUAACAAGGUCUAUUACAUGUUAGACCUGAACAAAAAUGCUGAACUACUGAACUUCUCAGGCUGCGGGAAUACACUGAACUGCAACCAUCCUGUUGUCAAGGAGCUCAUUCUUGACAGCUUGAGACACUGGGUUGAGGAGUAUCACAUAGAUGGAUUUCGAUUUGACCUUGCAAGUGUUCUUUGUCGUGGACCAGAUGGUUGUCCUCUUGAUGCACCUCCACUCAUCAAGGAAAUUGCCAAAGAUGCUGUAUUAUCUAGAUGUAAGAUCAUUGCUGAACCUUGGGAUUGCGGCGGCCUUUAUCUCGUAGGGCGUUUCCCUAACUGGGACAGGUGGGCUGAAUGGAACGGCAAAUACAGAGAUGAUCUUCGAAGAUUUAUUAAGGGUGACCCUGGUAUGAAGGGGGUGUUUGCGACUCGUGUGUCUGGAUCUGCUGAUCUCUAUCAGGUGAACGAGCGGAAGCCUUACCAUGGUGUAAAUUUUGUGAUUGCACAUGAUGGAUUUACUUUAUGUGACCUUGUUUCUUACAACUUAAAGCACAAUGAUGCUAAUGGAGAAGGUGGCUGUGAUGGAUGCAAUGACAACUUUAGCUGGAACUGUGGUGUUGAAGGAGAAACAAAUGAUCUGAAUGUGUUAAGUCUGCGUUCAAGACAAAUGAAAAACUUCCAUGUAGCUUUAAUGAUUUCUCAGGGCACCCCAAUGAUGUUGAUGGGCGAUGAAUAUGGUCAUACACGUUAUGGGAACAACAAUAGCUAUGGACAUGAUACUUGCAUUAAUAAUUUCCAAUGGGAACAGUUGGAACAAAGAAGAGAUGGCCAUUUCAGGUUUUUCUCAGAGAUGAUAAAGUUUCGUCACAGCAACCCAAUAUUAAGACGAGACAGGUUUCUUAAUAAAAACGAUGUCACCUGGCACGAGGAUUGUUGGGAGAACCAGGAAAGCAAAUUUUUGGCAUUCACAGUACAUGAUCACAACUCUGGUGGAGAUAUCUAUUUGGCAUUCAAUGCACAUGACUAUUUUGUGGACGCUGUAAUUCCCCCACCACCACACCAUAAAUGUUGGAACCGUGUGGUGGAUACCAACCUGGAAUCACCAAAUGAUAUUGUACCAGAAGGGGUGCCAUUUACAGGACCAAAAUACAGAAUUGCUCCAUACUCUUCCAUUCUGCUCAAGGCAAAGCCUUAGAAAAGUUAGUAGUUGAGAGCAUAAAAAUAAUGCCACCAAUGCUGGCUUGGUUGGUUAAUAACAGGUUGAUCACAUUAGCAGUCUGCACUUCAAAAAGGCAACAGGUAUAGAGAAUGUCUAAUAACAACUGCCGAAUCAUAGUUGGCUUUGGCAGAUGAGGCCACUUUUGGCAUUCAGGAAUUUCUUCCAGUUAUUACUGUAGGAAUGAAUGGGCUAGGGCUUAGGGCCCUCUGGGGGCAGCAAAGCUCGAGGUGUCGUCUCGGUUUCAUGUGAGCGUGACCUGGCUAUGGUCACCCUAUCAUUUAUCAAGGUCCUGUUUCGUAAUAAUGUGUCAUCAAACACUCAACUCCCAUGAGAAUGUAUGCCAGCAUCUAUUUUGCUGGAAAUUCAUGAAAAAAAGGAACAAUGCUAUUAGUCCCAUGAAGUAUGAACA